AUGCUUGAUAACGACGACACACUGGCCGACGGGGAAGUGCUCAGCGUGCUGCGCCAGCAGCUCCCGCCUCAGCUACGCAAUGUCGAAUCCGUCGAAGAUCUGCUAGAGUACGGCAUUUCUGUUGCCAAGGCCGACCGAGACAGGGCAGUGAGGAACUUUCUGAACACCAAACAACUUAUGGCAAAUAUCAAGCUUCUUGAACGCCUGGAUGACCAUACACGCGCAUAUAUCGACGCAGGAAACGGCAUUUUCCUCCCAGCGCGCCUGUUAGUUUGGAAUACGCGCAACUCAAUUAAACUCAGGAAAGACCGGCACAUACUCGUGCACAUCGGCUACCAAUUCUACCUUGCUAUGAACCACGAGGAAGCGUACGCAUUCGCCGCCGAGCGGCUCAAACUCCUGCAACAGAGCAUCAACACCCUGAACGCCAAGGUGGCUGAGCAGCGGGCACAGGCAUUUAUAAUCGCUGAAACAUUAUGCACAAUGUCAGCGGCGGGCAUUCGUUGA